AUGACAGUAAAGAAGAAUGUCCACAUCAUCGACCUAUACACCGCAUUUACUAGUAUUGUGGAUCAUGCGCCAGGUAAAGGCUCAGAUCUAUCUAAGCAAUUCAAGCGCAAACUAUCGCCAUGUUGCGAGAGUUUGGAUUCGAAUGGCUAUUGCGGACAACAAGGUGAGUCGUCCUUGGAGCUUCUAUACACCGUGUGCGACAAGUCCGACAAAUUUUUCUAUUGGGACGACAUGCACCCCACAUAUGCAGGAUGGGAGGCUAUCAUGAAGCAGUUGGAAAAGCCCUUGAAGGAGUUUGUAGAUCAAGACUAG